AUGCUGCAAUGCUCUCGACUUGAGUCUCCCCUAGAGUUACGCAUCCAUCACAAUCCUUGCGACGUUCCAGUCUUCGUCUCUCGACAGCCACCGAAUUAUAUCGACCAGAUCGGCCCCAUGUCUCUUCCCCCCAGACAUUCCACCGUGCUCUCCAUCAGCGGCCCUCCGACAAUCCCCGGCGCUCCAGGAGACAGGUCGUCGCUAGUGCAGCAGACUCAACCCAGCUCAGGCUUGCGAGUACCGUCGAACCGCAAAACCAUUUACGACAGACAUUUGAACCGCAGUCGAAAUGCAGAGUUGAGCCGGGCAAGCUUCGCGUACCUCUUCGCGGAGAUGGUAACAUAUGCUCAAAGGAGGGUAACAGGCAUACAAGAUCUAGAGAGACGAUUAAACGAACAAGGCUACCCACUCGGCCUCCGCCUCCUCAACCUCCUCUUCUACCGUUCGUCCCCAACCUCCGCGUCCUCCCUCUCUGGCUCCUCAACCACGUCCUCACCCCCAAAUAGACCCCUCCGCAUCCUCCCCCUAUUGCACCUUAUCCAUGGACCCCUCUGGCGUCUCCUCUUCCAACGUCCCGCGGACGCCAUCGAGCACUCCAUCUCCCCCGAUACCCCGAACGAGUACAUGAUCACAGACAAUGACCCGCUCGUGAACACCUACAUCAGCGUCCCCAAAGAAAUGAGCAUGUUGAAUUGCGCCGCUUUCGUUGCGGGGAUAAUCGAGGGCGUCUGUGAUGGCUGCGGUUUCGAGGCGAAGGUUACGGCGCAUAAUCAGCCGUCCGAGAUGUGGCCUAGUCGGACUGUCUUCCUCGUCCGGUUCGGCGAGAGUGUUAUGGAGAGAGAGAAGGUUCUGGAAAGGGCCGGGGUUAAAUAA